AAAAAAAAAUUAAAUAAAUAAUUAAAAUAUAACAAAUUAUUUUGGACUUGGGUCUCCCUCAUUCCAAGCCCACAAGUCCACGAAAAUCAGCUAUAAAUAUAAGAGUUUCAGUAGGGUUUCAGACACUUGGAAAUUCCCUGAGAAAUAGACUUGGAGUUCACGUGGAGUUUCAAACCUAGGAACUACUCUGCAGCAACCUUCGGGCAGCCCUGAGAAGUUCAUUCCGCCUCACGCAAACCCUAAACGUUACUUCGCCAAUCCGGCCUUGCCUUCCAAUUUUAACAGGUCUCUCAUCAGGUAUGCCUCUGUUCCUAUUACUCUAUGCCUCGGGUUGAAUACUGAAUAUAUGAGGUAACCUCAGGCUUGGCCCUCAGGGUUAUAUUUGUGUAUGAAUAUGUGAUUUAUGCCUUGACUGUUUAACAGUUUCGUUUAUGAGGUGAAUGCCAUAGGAUCUGGAAUCUUUAACAUCGUGCAGGUACCAAUGGGAAAUCCAAAUCCCGCAGGUGCUCGCUAGCCGCUUCGCUAGGCGAGCACGCAGCGAAGCUUCGCUAGGCUUUCGCUAGGCGAAGCAGUCGCGAAUGUGACAGUAUCUGCUUUAUUCCGUUUUGUUCUAACCUGUUCUUUGUGUUGCCAUGGCCUUGUUAUCUUUUGAUUUCAAUCCUGUUUGCCUAACCCCUUUUGUUGAGUUUUUGUGAGGGCUCACAUAUUCUCGCAGGGAUACCCUCCGGAGGUUUAUUCCGAUUUCCCGUACUGAUUGGUUUUCUUUGAUGGCAUCAGCUUGGGAGAAUCUCAGGGUUGCUUAUCCUUUAAUUGCUGUAACUUCGGAUCUUGAUCCGUGUGGAUAGCUGACUCAGGCAUUCACCGAUACGGUACCCGGAGGAAUCAACAGAGAGCAAUGGAAGGUGUACAAGCAGAGCUCGCUGAGAUGAGGGCCCGCAUGACCCAAUUCAUGGAUGUGGUUGAAGGGGUGGCUCAGGGACAACAAGAGCUCAGGCAGAUAAUACAGGGGAAUCCCCCUGCUCAACCAGAGACAGUGACUGAUCCUCCGGCUGGAGAGGUUAACGGACCCAGUGGACCAGGGCCUAUCCCGAUCCCGCACGCCAACCCCGGUCAACAGCCCGUUCAUGAUGAUCAGGACGAUCAGUUUCCCCCACUUCAGGAAGACUUUGGCAUGGGUCAUGGCGUAGACCCCAUGUUCAGGAGAUUGGAAGAGAGGUUGAAGGCAGUGGAAGGACAGAAUCCUUUGGGAGUAGACGUUGCUGACUUAGGGCUGGUCCCAGGUGUGAGAGUGCCACCGAAAUUCAAAGUCCCGGUCUUUGACAAGUACAAGGGCAACUCUUGCCCCAAGACUCACGUGCAAGCCUAUUUCCGUAAAAUGGUUGCAUACUCUGAUGACGAGAAACUACUUAUGUACUUCUUCCAGGACAGCCUAGCUGGGGCAUCCUUGGAAUGGUAUAUGAGACUGGACAGAGCCCACAUCCGUUGCUGGAGGGAUUUGGCGGAGGCCUUCGUGAAGCAGUAUCAGUAUAAUGCAGACAUGGCUCCGGACAGAACUCAACUUCAGAAUCUGUCUCUUAAAAGCAAUGAGUGCUUCAGGGAAUACGCUCAACGCUGGAGGGAGACAGCUUCCCGUGUUCAGCCCCCUAUGCUGGAGAAAGAAAUGGCCAACAUGUUCAUGAAUACGUUGCCUGGACCUUAUCUGGAGCGCCUGGUGGGGUGCAAUGCUUCCAACUUUGCUGAUGUGGUCUCUACCGGAGAGAGGGUGGAGAAUUACCUGAAGACCUGCAAGAUCCAAAGUGGAGGAGGAUCUUCGUCAGGGGUAAAAAAGUCGUUCGUUGGAGGACAUAAGCAAAGAGAGGGGGGAGUGAAUUCUUUGGCUUCCUAUCAGAACAGAGGUGCUAGAAGGAAUAAUUUUCAGAAUUAUCAUCAACAACCGUAUGUUGCGACGGUGACCAUUCCAGCUGCAGCGCCACUACAACAACAACCACCGCAGCGUCAACCAGCUCAGUAUCAACAGCAGCAACAACCGGGUAACAGACCCGCUUAUCAACAGAGACAAAGGAUGAUGGACCGGCGUUUCGACACUAUUCCAAUGUCGUACGCCCAGUUACUUUCUAGUCUUCAACAACUACAGCUUGUGCAACUGCGCACUCUGGCUCCUCCUGUUGGUAGACUUCCGGUGGGUUACGACGCCAACGCUAGGUGUAGCUUCCACUCUGGGGCACCUGGCCACAAUAUUGAGAACUGCAAAGCUUUUAAGCACGUAGUUCAGGACCUCAUAGAUUCAAAGGCCAUCGACCUUGCACCGGCUCCGAAUGUCGUUAACAAUCCCAUGCCCCAGCAUGGUGGUGCGAAUGUUAACAUGGUAGAGGGAAGAGCCAAGUUCAUUAAGGAUGUGUUGAAGUUGAAGACUCCGGUGUCGGAUAUCAAAGGAUGCUUGCUGAAGGCCGAUGUUUUCCCCGGUUGUGGGAAAGUUUGUUUGGAUUGUGCUGCACAGGAGAAGGGUUGUUUGAAACUACAGCAAGGUAUCCAGGCCUUGCUCGACAAGGGUAUCCUCCAGGUUGAAGAUUUGUCUGUCCGAGAGUUUAUGGAAGGGGUUGAGGAAGAAGGGUUUGAAGGUGCUACUGAAGAGUUCCUAGAUGUUGUUCCUGCUGAUUCUGCAGUCCAUGAUGAUGUAUUUACUCUUUCCAAUACGGUUGACUCUUUUGUAUUUGAACUUGAUUCCGAUGUUUCGGAUGUUCAUGCUCCAACAAAUGAGGUUUCUGAGUACGACUGUGACAUUGCAACUAUAACUAUUUUCUAUCCAACUAAUCAGAUCAGUGUGCCAGAAGCGCAACCCGCGCCACCAAUGCGACGACCUACUAUGACCAUCACAACCCCUGGUCCUUUACCCUUCACCAGUGAAAGGGCCAUUCCAUGGCAUUAUGGGGGGAGCGUGUAUACGCACGAUCAUAAGGUGGAACGGCCACUAAAAGAAGAAGAGGGUCAGAAGCCUGAACUUGAAGGUCCCGCAGUGGAUAAUGUUGGUGGAAUCUGGCGAUUCACCAGGAGUGGUAGAUUGCUCUCACCACCGGUUACCCAAGCUGAUAAUGCUGAUGCUGUGGCGAAAACCAAAGGCAAGCAAGUCGUGAAUGAGGGUACCUCUGCACCCCAAGAUGGUUCUGAGCCCACUUUUGCAAAGGACGUGGACGAGUUUCUAAGAAUCAUAAAGAAAAGCGAUUACAAGGUAGUCGAUCAGUUGAUUCAGACUCCGUCCAAGAUAUCCAUUCUCUCACUCCUAUUGUGUUCGGAGGCACACAGGGAGGCACUUCUGAAGGUUCUUAAUGCUGCAUAUGUACCUCAGGAGAUCUCAGUGAACCAACUAGAAGGGAUCGUUGCCAAUGUCCAUACAAGCAACGGGUUGGGUUUUACUGAUUCUGACUUAACACCAGCUGGACGCAAUCAUAACAAGGCUCUGCACAUCUCAUUGGAAUGCAGAGACACCAUGUUAUCUCAUGUUCUGGUGGAUACAGGUUCCUCUCUCAAUGUGCUACCCAAGAGGGCCCUGUCGAGGUUAGAAGUAGAGGGUUUGGUCUUGAAACCUUCAGAUCUUAUGGUGAGAGCCUUCGAUGGUUCUAAGAGAUCGGUGUUUGGAGAGGUGGAAUUGCCAAUUCUGAUUGGAUCACAAACCUUCAACACUGUCUUCUACGUGAUGGAUAUCAGUCCUUCCUACAGUUGCCUGCUGGGUCGGCCUUGGAUCCAUAAUGCUGGGGCAGUCUCUUCAACUCUACAUCAGAAGGUUAAGUUUCCGGUCAACGGACGAAUUAUCACCGUCUGUGGUGAGGAGGACAUCCUGGUCAGUAACCUGUCUACAUUCAAGUAUGUAGAAGUAGGAGGUGAAAUUCAUGAGACUCUAUGUCAGGCUUUUGAGUCAGUUCAAAUCAAGGAUGCAGCUCCGGUGGAAGAGGUUAAAGCGGGUGCCUCUAUCUCAUCCUUUAAGCAGGCACGGGCCGUGGUGGAUUCAGGUGUUGCUUCUGGUUGGGGGCGUCUGUUGGAAUUACCAGUGAAAGAGGAUAAGUUCGGGAUUGGGUACCAGCCAACUCUGACUUCUACAACUUCAGCACUUCAGACUCUUCAGGGGCCGAUCACUUUCUCUAGUGCUGGCAUCAUUCAGUAUGGUCAAGUCUCUGCAGUCAACGAAGAAGAUGGGGAUAGUGACUGCGACAUCAACAACUGGGUGCGUCCGAGGAUCCCGGGUGAAGUCAUCAACAAUUGGUCUUCUGAAGAGAUUGUUCAAGUCACUCUUCUCGAAGAAUGCACAUCACCGGAUCCUAUUGAUAACGGUUCUGCUAUGGCUCGCUUCGACUUUGAAAAUCCAAUCUUUCAAGCUGAAGAAGAGGAUGAUGAAGAUUGUGAACUCCCUGAAGAACUUGCCAGGUUGUUGAAACAAGAGGAAAGGGUUAUUCAACCGCAUCAAGAGUUUGUUGAAGUGAUUAAUCUCGGCACCGAAGACGCCAAGAGAGAAAUCAAGAUAGGGGCUGCUUUAGAAGACAAUGUGAAGAAAGGGCUGAUUAAAUUGCUGCAAGAAUACAUUGACAUCUUCGCCUGGUCUUAUCAGGACAUGCCUGGGCUGGACACAGACAUCGUGGUACACCGCUUGCCUCUCAAAGAAGGUUGUCCUCCGGUCAAGCAGAAGCUCAGAAGAACAAGACCAGAGAUGGCUGUCAAGAUAAAGGAAGAAGUGCAAAAGCAGUUGGAUGCAGGGUUUCUAGCAGUCACCAAUUAUCCGCCAUGGGUUGCAAACAUCGUCCCAGUACCUAAGAAGGAUGGAAAGGUACGGAUGUGUGUCGACUAUCGGGAUCUGAACAGAGCUAGCCCUAAAGAUGAUUUCCCAUUACCUCACAUCGACGUUUUGGUGGAUAAUACAGCUCAGUUCUCGGUAUUCUCCUUCAUGGACGGCUUUUCUGGCUAUAACCAAAUCAAGAUGGCACCAGAAGACAUGGAAAAGACAACUUUCAUAACCCCGUGGGGCACCUUCUGCUACAAGGUGAUGCCGUUUGGUCUGAAAAAUGCCGGAGCAACAUAUCAACGAGCUAUGGUAACUCUGUUCCAUGAUAUGAUUCAUCAUGAAAUCGAGGUUUAUGUGGAUGAUAUGAUUGCCAAAUCUCAGACAGAAGAAGAACAUUUGGUGAAUUUGCAGAAAUUAUUUGAGCGUUUGAGGAAAUUCAAGCUGAGGCUUAAUCCGAACAAGUGCACUUUCGGGGUGAGAUCGGGAAAAUUGCUGGGUUUUAUUGUUAGCGGAAAAGGGAUUGAGGUGGAUCCCGACAAAGUAAAAGCAAUACAGGAAAUGCCUGAGCCAAGAACAGAGAAGCAAGUCCGUAGUUUCUUAGGGAGGUUGAACUACAUUGCAAGGUUCAUCUCUCACCUAACAACCACGUGUGAGCCAAUUUUCAAAUUGCUGAGGAAAGAUCAGGCUAUCAGGUGGAAUGAAGAUUGUCAAAGGGCUUUCGAGAAGAUAAAAGAGUAUCUACAGAAACCUCCGAUCCUUAUACCUCCAGUUCCUGGGAGACCUCUGAUAAUGUACCUAUCAGUGACUGAGAACUCGAUGGGGUGUGUAUUGGGACAGCAUGACGAGUCUGGUCGAAAAGAGCAUGCCAUAUACUACCUUAGCAAAAAGUUUACCGACUGUGAAAUCAAAUAUUCGCAGCUUGAGAAAACUUGCUGUGCUUUGGCCUGGGUUGCUCGCCGACUGAGGCAGUAUAUGUUGAACCAUACUACCUUGUUGAUUUCUAAGAUGGAUCCAGUGAAAUACAUAUUCGAGAAGCCAGCUCUCACCGGAAGGGUCGCUCGUUGGCAAAUGAUUUUAACAGAGUAUGAUAUUCAGUACACGUCACAGAAGGCCAUCAAAGGGAGUAUUCUGUCAGACUACCUUGCCGAGCAACCGAUUGAUGAUUAUGAGCCAAUGAAGUUUGAAUUCCCUGAUGAAGACAUCAUGUUCCUCAAGAUGAAAGACUGUGAAGAGCCAGUUGUUGAGGAGGGACCUGAUCCAAACGAAAAGUGGACUUUGUUGUUUGAUGGGGCUGUCAAUACUAGAGGAAGUGGAAUUGGUGCUGUCAUUACAACUCCGAAAGGUGCCCACAUACCUUUCACCGCUCGUUUGACUUUUGAGUGCACAAAUAAUGAAGCUGAGUACGAGGCCUGUAUCUUGGGCAUUGAGCAAGCCAUUGAUCUGAGAAUCAAGACUCUGGACAUCUUCGGAGAUUCAGCUCUGGUGAUUAAUCAAGUGAAUGGUGAUUGGAAUACUCUCCAGCCCACUCUGGUCCCCUACAGAGAUUACACGAGAAGACUGUUGACUUUCUUCACAACGGUAAAAUUGUAUCAUAUACCUCGUGAUGAGAACCAGAUGGCAGACGCACUUGCUACUCUAUCCUCCAUGAUCAAGGUAAUUCGUUGGAACCAUGCUCCCAGGAUCGAUGUGAUGCGCCUUGACAGGGCCGCGUAUGUGUUUGCUGCUGAACUGGUAGUCGAUGACAAGCCCUGGUAUCACGAUAUCAAGUGCUUUCUGAAGAAUCAAGAGUACCCUGCAGGGGCAUCCAACAAUGACAGAAAGACUUUGAGAAGAUUGGCAGGCAGUUUCUUCUUGAACAAAGACGAUGUGUUGUAUAAGAGGAACUUCGACAUGGUUUUGCUCAGAUGUGUGGACAGACACGAGGCGGACAUGUUAAUGCAGGAAGUUCAUGAAGGUUCCUUCGGUACUCAUGCCGGUGGACAUGCGAUGGCUAAGAAAUUGUUGAGAGCGGGUUAUUAUUGGAUGACCAUGGAAUCAGAUUGUUUCAAGUAUGCUCGGAAGUGUCAUAAAUGCCAGAUUUAUGCUGAUAAGGUGCAUGUACCGCCGAAUCCUCUGAAUGUGAUGUCUUCGCCGUGGCCGUUUGCCAUGUGGGGUAUUGACAUGAUUGGAAAGAUUGAGCCGACUGCUUCCAAUGGGCAUCGCUUCAUCCUUGUUGCCAUCGACUAUUUCACCAAAUGGGUCGAGGCAGCGUCGUUCGCGAAUGUCACCAGACAUGUGGUUGCCCGUUUCAUCAAGAAAGAAAUUAUUUGUCGCUAUGGGAUUCCCGAAAGAAUCAUUACUGAUAAUGGUUCUAAUCUCAACAACAAAAUGAUGAAGGAGUUGUGUCAGAACUUCAACAUUCAGCAUCACAAUUCUUCCCCUUACCGCCCUAAGAUGAAUGGCGCUGUUGAGGCGGCAAAUAAGAACAUAAAGAAGAUUGUGCAGAAGAUGGUCGUCACGUACAGAGAUUGGCAUGAGAUGCUACCUUUCGCCUUGCAUGGGUACCGUACUUCAGUACGUACAUCGACCGGGGCAACCCCCUACUCCCUUGUGUAUGGUAUGGAAGCAGUCCUACCUGUUGAAGUGGAGAUUCCUUCCCUAAGAGUCUUGUUGGAUGUCAAGCUAGACGAAGCUGAAUGGAUUCGGACAAGGUUCAAUGAGUUGAGUCUUAUCGAAGAGAAGCGAAUGGCAGCCAUUUGUCAUGGGCAGUUGUAUCAGAGUCGGAUGAAGAGAGCUUUUGAUCAGAAGGUGCGUCCUCGUUGUUUCCAAGUCGGAGAUUUAGUGUUGAAAAGGAUCCUUCCUCCUCAGACAGAUCACAGGGGCAAGUGGACUCCUAACUAUGAUGGACCGUAUAUUGUCACCAAGGUUUUUGAUGGUGGGGCCCUAAUGCUUGCAACUAUGGAGGGCGAAGACUUCGCUUCCCCUGUGAACUCAGACGCAGUUAAAAAAUACUUCGCAUAAAAUAGACCCGCUGGACAGUAAAAAGAAUAGUCCAGGCAAAAAUGGGCAUCCCGGCGAACCAAGAAAAUGGAAAGGUUCGGGCAAAAAUUAGGGAUCAAAAAAUAAAAAAAGAUUGUACACCCGGUAAGUUGAAAACCUGAAAAGGCAACUUAGGCAAAAAUGGGUAUCCCGGUGGAUCGAAAACCCGAAAAGGGCGAUCCAGGCAAAAGUUAGGGAUUAAGCGAAUGACUGCGUUCUGAGUAGCUCUGAAUCUCAUCUCGUGCCAAUGACUGGAAAUUUUUGAAGGAUAGGAAACAAUCCAAUCACUCUUUCAGAAAGCUGAUCAUCUGGAGGAUCUUGAAGACGGGCAAGUCAUAGCCGAAUUGGAACCCAAUAGAAAUCCACUUCACAUUGCCAUUAGAUUAAUUUUUGUUUUAUCUAUUGUGCGAUUACCUCUUUCCAGGGAUUGCCUCUUAAUGUAAAUGCCUAUUCAGAGGCCAUUCAAUCAAUAAAAUCAUGUUAUUCAGUAUAUCUCUGUUUUCAUUUUCAUUUUACUGUUUUGUUUGCAAAAAUGACGUCCGAAUUUUUGAUAAACAUUGCAUCAUGACACAUAAGGGCUUUACAGGUACAUGCUCAAUAAACAUUUAAAAUUGCUGUAAAUUUUAAGUGCUUUGGAUCGUCUAUUCAGAACAGAUACCCUCGGGGCAUUUCCUUAAAAUCCCCUUGCAGAUGAUCGUGAAUAUCUUCCCCAGUGAAGUCGCCAACAGACAAAUUCGGUGUCUUAUCCCUGCAGAGCUGAUCAGAGUGUUGGAUUCUUCAAUCCCCAGCAGUUUCUCACCACCGUACUUCCCCAAGCGGUUGUUUCAGGACAUACACUCCCCAGUAGAGUUGACAGUGCCAGACUAUAUAUCCCCAGCGGAGUUGACAGCGCCAGACUGUAUCUUUCCAGCAGAAGUGGCUGCUCCUUAGAGUUCGAUGCCAGAUCGAUAGUCCCAAUGCCAGAUCCAUGGGUUCUUUUCUUGAAGCAGAACCUCGGUACCGUAUCAGUGUUUGCUCCCCCUGCUGAGUCAUCUCUCGCAAAUCGUGGUUGCCAAAACCAUUGUAGCUUUCCUCAGCAGCAGGCUUCCAAUGCCAUUCUUUCCCCGAUCAGAGUCUCGGUAUGGCCAGAACACCGCAUGGCUAGUCAUCUCCCCACAGAGUUCUUUGCGCUGUGCAUCUCCAACAGCCUUGCCAGAGCCCAGAAGAUGGUGAUCGUUUCCCCAGCAGAUCCCCUUGCCUCGGCUUGGCAUUCUACCCAGCAUUUCGCAUCCCUGCAUGUAGAAUCAUAUUGCAUUGCAUCCUUCCAAAUCGCGUAGCAUUUCCAUUUUCAUGGAGCAUUACGCCAUUGAAAAAUUCAAACAUAUGCAUGUAAACAUAAAACAUUCUCGGUAUCCCAAGUGAUAAGCUAGAAGUUGUUUCCAGUACUCAGACUGAAGAUUGUUCAUGACUUAACUUUGUGUCAUUGGCCCAGGCGCCGCCUCUAUUAUCGUUCCCUAUUUCUGCCGAUGCUGACAGGCAUGAAGUUUUCCGGUAUCCAGACCGAAGUGGCGUUCAGGCCAGUUUUCCGGUGUCCAGACCGAAGUGGCGUUCAGGCCAGUUUUCCGGUAUCCAGACCGAAGUGGCGUUCAGGCCAGUUUUCCGGUAUCCAGACCGAAGUGGCGUUCAGGCCAGUUUUCCGGUAUCCAGACCGAAGUGGCGUUCAGGCCAGUUUUCCGGUAUCCAGACCGAAGUGGCGUUCAGGCCAGUUUUCCGGUGUCCAGACCGAAGUGGCAUUCAGGCCAGUUUUCCGGUAUCCAGACCGAAGUGGCGUUCAGGCCAGUUUUCCGGUGUCCAGACCGAAGUGGCGUUCAGGCCAGUUUUCCGGUAUCCAGACCGAAGUGGCGUUCAGGCCAGUUUUCCGGUAUCCAGACCGAAGUGGCAUUCAGGUCAGUUUUCCGAUAUUCAGAUCGAAGUCCUUUCCAGUAUUCAGACUGAUGAGCGACAUUCCGGCCAUGGUUAUUUCUGUGUUACCAUUUAUUUUGGUAUGCAAGUUAGCAUUCUUUAUUCAGACUGACUCUCACCGUACCAGACGGAUUCUUCUUUCAAGACCACCUCUUUGCCGAUUCUGACAGACAUUGUUACUUCAUUUCACUUCAGUGCAAAUUUUUGGGCUUUUAUUGUAUUCAAUCCCUUGAUACCUCGAAAGCACGAAAGCAGCUGUCAUCUUCCUUCCGGGUCUCCAGUUGAUUGAAUAGGGGCAGCUGUAAUACCCCAAAAUUUACCCUUCAGUUUUUCAAAAAAAAAAAAAAAAAAAAAUUAAAUAAAUAAUUAAAAUAUAACAAAUUAUUUUGGACUUGGGUCUCCCUCAUUCCAAGCCCACAAGUCCACGAAAAUCAGCUAUAAAUAUAAGAGUUUCAGUAGGGUUUCAGACACUUGGAAAUUCCCUGAGAAAUAGACUUGGAGUUCACGUGGAGUUUCAAACCUAGGAACUACUCUGCAGCAACCUUCGGGCAGCCCUGAGAAGUUCAUUCCGCCUCACGCAAACCCUAAACGUUACUUCGCCAAUCCGGCCUUGCCUUCCAAUUUUAACAGGUCUCUCAUCAGGUAUGCCUCUGUUCCUAUUACUCUAUGCCUCGGGUUGAAUACUGAAUAUAUGAGGUAACCUCAGGCUUGGCCCUCAGGGUUAUAUUUGUGUAUGAAUAUGUGAUUUAUGCCUUGACUGUUUAACAGUUUCGUUUAUGAGGUGAAUGCCAUAGGAUCUGGAAUCUUUAACAUCGUGCAGGUACCAAUGGGAAAUCCAAAUCCCGCAGGUGCUCGCUAGCCGCUUCGCUAGGCGAGCACGCAGCGAAGCUUCGCUAGGCUUUCGCUAGGCGAAGCAGUCGCGAAUGUGACAGUAUCUGCUUUAUUCCGUUUUGUUCUAACCUGUUCUUUGUGUUGCCAUGGCCUUGUUAUCUUUUGAUUUCAAUCCUGUUUGCCUAACCCCUUUUGUUGAGUUUUUGUGAGGGCUCACAUAUUCUCGCAGGGAUACCCUCCGGAGGUUUAUUCCGAUUUCCCGUACUGAUUGGUUUUCUUUGAUGGCAUCAGCUUGGGAGAAUCUCAGGGUUGCUUAUCCUUUAAUUGCUGUAACUUCGGAUCUUGAUCCGUGUGGUAUUUUACUUCUUCCCUUUUAUUUCUACGGUUUCUUAGCUGGAAGACCUCGAUAGGAGGCAAUGUUUGAGCCCCUUGGUGGCAUUUUUUCUAUUUCAAGAUAUAUGUUUUGUGUGAUGUGAUUGUUUCCCCAUAGGAUGCGAGGCUUCGCAUAGCCUCCCGUUUGCAUGCCAAUUUAGGUAGCACUGUUCCUCCGCCUAGGACUUCCUCUUUGCAUGCGCGUUCCUACAACGCAAACAAAACCUAAAACCCAAAGCAACACGUUUACUCCUUCUACUACAGGCGAGUAAGUCUCCAAAGGUCGAGCAUCCGGUAGAUUGCGUAGUAACGUCGUUCACCCCGUAACAUAAUCCAUAACCCCGUAGUUAGUCGAACUACGGCUUGCUCUGAUUCUCAUUCCAGAUGAGAUACGUAGGCAUAAGACGCGACGUCUUAGCGAGCACAAUUACCCCCAACCCAUAGGUCAGCCGAGCUACGAAGACUCUGAUUCUCAUAUUCAGAUGAGAUACGUAUGCAGUGGAUGCGACAUCCGCGCGAGUCAUUUCUCUUAACCUUU